UGGGCUUCCUGAAGGGAGCUGCGUUGCAAUUGGCUGUCUCUGUCUCUUCCUCGGGAGAGGUGCGUUGUGAUUGGCUGGUCCGGUCUCUGCCAGAGGUCUUUAGCGUUGUGUGCGGCAUGGUGUCAGUCCCAUCAACAUUAUGACACACUUUGCAGUUCACACCCCUGAGGGGGUAAAGUUUACUGAUGGUCCCCAAAACUUUGGUAAAAAUUCUACAAAUUUUGAAGGUUUUGAGGGGAAAGUUAAGACAUUUGUCUUUUCGAAAGAUGGGAAGAGAUUUGCUUGGAUUGCAGAUGGCCAGGUGUUUGUGGUUGAGGCUCCAACUUGGCAGAGAAUUGGAUCUCUGAAGCACCCACGUGCCCAGGAGAUUUGUUUUUCUCCUAAGGGCAGCUUCUUGGCUAUCUGGGAGUCUUAUGUCAAAACAACAGACCAAAGUCAGUUGCAACCAAACUUGAGUGUUUAUGACGUAACGGGAAAGAAACCACUGAAAUCUUUCUUCCAGCCAAGUCAAGUAAAUUGGAAGCCACAGUGGACAGAUGAUGAAGCAAUAUUUGCACGCAAUAUUACCAGUGAAGUUCACUUCUAUAAUGCCAAUGACCUGCAAACUAUUGCUGAGAGGAAAAUUAUUCAGAAAGUUCGAUCAUUCAGUCUUUCACCAUCCAUCAACAACCAUUAUGUAAUCUUUUUUGUACCUAGUAUUCAGGGAGCUCCGGCAUAUGUCCAUCUCUAUCGCUAUCCAAAUUUCAAGGAAGCUUCUAAUGCCUUGGCCAAUAAAAGUUUCUUUAAGGUCGACACUAUAGACAGCUACUGGAACAAGUCAUCAACAGCAUGUUUGCUCUUAACUGCUGCUGAGAUGGACAAGUCAGGGCUUUCAUACUAUGGUGAACACAUGCUUUUCUACCUUAAUACUCGAGGAGAUUCAAUAAGGGUCACAGUCUCCAAACCUGGAAAUAUUCACUCAGUGGCAUGGUGUCCCAGUGGACAAGAAUUCUUCGCAGUAUAUGGUACAAUGCCGUCCAAAGCCACACUUUUUAACCAGAAAUGUGAAGCCAUUGCUGAGUUUGGUUCAGGGGCACGAAACACUGUGCUUGUUAAUCCAGUUGGCAAUAUUGUGUUAGUAGGUGGAUUUGGUAACAUUGCAGCUAGAUAUGAGAUGUGGGACAUAUCAGCACGCAAGAAAAUUGGCGAAACAGAAUGCUCCGACAGUACAUAUUUCAGUUGGUCGCCAUGUGGGCAGUACUUGCUUACAGCUACUUGCUCUCCAAGACUAAGAGUUAACAAUGGGUGUAAAGCAUCAAAACAGAAGUACAUCCUUCCAAGUCAGAGAGGAGCCAAAGGUCCUGUUGGUUUGCCAAAUACUGAGAAGAAGUUCCUCAGUGAGGUGGAUGACCCAACAAAGAAUGAGGGAGCUCCUCAGCUCUCAAAGGCUGCAUUGAAAAAGAAGAAGAAGAGAGAAGCAGCUAAGAAAAAGCGCGAAGAAGAGGGAGAAGCUGGCAAAGGAGAAAAAGGAGGAAACAACUGGAGAGAAACCGCUGGUCAAGAACCUCCCGUGCCAGUUAAAGCUGCACUGCCGGUCAAUUCGUUUGCCGCAUCCAUUGAGCUGACUGGAGAUCCCGAGAAAGACAAAAAGAUUAGAAAUAUUAAGAAGAAACUGGAUGCAAUUGCAAGACUGAAAGGAGAGAAGGAGAAUGGUAAAGUUUUAGUGAGAAACCAAAUAGACAAGAUAGCUACAGAAGACAAACUGAUAAAGGAUUUGGAGGAAUUGAUCCUGUGAUUUAUUCAAGUAUUAUUUAGUAAUUUUGUUGUGUAACAAGCUUUUAGUAGUGAUAAAUAUAUGAAGAUUAUAAUCCUAAAGAGAUCAGAUUUAGUAUAAUAUUUUUCAGGUGUGUUCAGUGCAUCAGCUUAUUAUUCUAAGGCAGAACAAGGAAGACUUGUAUUCAUCAGCAAUUUUCCUAAUGUAUAGUCUUUACACAUAAUUAAAUCAAUGAGCUGUCGAGGUUAUACAAACGAAUGUCACCAUAUUCAAAUCACUCUUUAGAAAUAACUUUUCCAUUCUUGCAUUUUUUAAAAUUGUCUGUUAUUGUGUGCGAACGUGCGCACAUUGUGCGUGCAUGUAAGUGUGUGUAAAAGAGUGUGUGAGAGUUGUGUGUAUGUGUUGAGUAUGUGUGUGUGUGUGUGUGUGUGUGUAAUUUAAUUAAUUUAAAGCCUAUAUACGUCUUGUCAUAUAUAAUUUAUCUAGUUAAGGUGUUAGCCUUAAUUCCUUAAAUUUUCGGUAAGUCUUCCAUACUUUGUUGAGACUAAAUUUGUGCAUAUUAUGUUGUAAAAAAUAUUGUUGCCAUUGUGAAUAUAUGGCACAAUAUAAUGUAGAAGCAAAUGUUAGUAAAAAAAAUUCUGUAUAUAGACCAUCAACUCAGAGUGAUGGGGUUUUCCUAUAUUUAUAAUCAGCAGUAGAGAGCUUUAUUGUUACUGUUAGGGUCUCUGACAUGUCUAAAAAAAAAAUAUUAUGCAAAGUGAUGUCUUUUGUAUAUGGUUAAGUUGACAAAAGUUGGGUUUGUUAUUGGGGCAUUAAAUUAAAAAAAAAAAAAAUGCAGUCCACAACAAAAUAGACAAAAGUCAUAUACAGAUUGAAACUGUUUGCAGAUGUGUGGCAUCAGUUCUUGAUAAUUUUUUCAUAUUAAGCAGAAUUCAUUCAGAGCCAUUUACCCAUCUCUAUCUUAAUGUGGUACACCAGAUGCACCAAUGGGUGUAAAGGCUUCCACAACCUUUGUACUCUGUCACUUGUCAUACUAUGAAGAGUAGUGAGGGUCUCUUGAUCCAUGGAACUGGAACCACUGUCCUUCAGAUCCAAAUUGAUUGCCAUCCCAUUUCCCAGGUGCUGUAUGACCUCAGUGGGUUUAGUACUUUUCCUUGAAUAUAACAAUAAUAAAGUAAAGAAAUAUAAAGAUAUUCUGCAAAAUGAUUUCAGAUAAUCCAUAUCAGUAUUUUUUAUUGUCCCUUUUAUUAAAAGCUGUUUAAGGGGGUACAGUAUGUUCUUGGUAAUAAUAAUAAUAAUGUCAGUUGAAAGUAGUUUCAGACAUCCCUUAUCUUUUCCAUCUUAAACUCUUGAUGUAUCUGUGUGUAUGAAUGUAGAAGUCAGUGACUUUCAAGAUUUAGAGAAAGGUGGAAUAAUGUAGUGUUUUGUUUAGUGCUUGUUUUUCAAUACAAUGCUAAUAAUUAUACAAGAGAGGUUGAGGGUGAGAGGAGAGGAUCAGGAAAAUCGGUACAUAAGGUAUGAGAGAAAAUGUGGCAUGCAGGUGGGUAGUUUUAUUAGAAAUGAAUGAAUGAUUUUCUUUGUGAUAGUAGUUCAAGUGCAUUACACUUUGUCUAAAUAGUUGAAAAAGUGCUGUGGAUGUUUAGCUAGUGUUAGUACUAGUUUCCUAUGUCACGUGUGCGAGGUAGUAUGAAAUGGAAAAUGUCACUGAAUAUUAUUUGCCACUUUUUUCUUCCAAGCAUUUACCUUCCCAGGCAUCAUGAAAGUGGUGGGUAGAAUACUGGUAAUGGUGGUGAUGACGCAUUGAUUCGAAAUGAAUUCAAAUAACAUUUGACAGUCCGAAAAUCAGUGACAGCAUUUUGAUUUAACAUGCUUCAAAUGUGCUGUGGAUGACAUCAGAGCACCACGUCUGAAAUAAAAGUAAUAAUUUUUAAUACUGUAUUACUGUAUUUAUUUAAUAUGUCUAUUUUAAUUUGUUUUUCCAUUCUUAAAUAAAUACACAUGGGAAAAAAAAACAGGUUAAAAAAGAAAGUGUAUGAACAGGUUACUGUAUAUAUACGUAUGUAUGUUGUGUUUGAUGACCAAGUCAGUCAGACAAGCUAGGUUAUCCUAAAAGUUUUAAAAUGCUCCAUUUUGAUAAAAUAUGGAUAUACAGUAUUUGUAUGUGAUAUAUUGCAUCACUCAAACACAUUACUUAAAUUUCGUUAUUUAAAAACUGAUUUUUGUGGUGUCAAAGCAAGAAGUAUAUACUCUUGGCUUGUUUGACAAAAUGAUAUUUUCCUAACAGGACAGUUGACUUGAAAAUCACGACAAGCAGCUUUUACGUACAUACAUGGUUAUGAGUAAAUAAUUUAAAUUAACCUCAGAGUAUUAAAAUUAAUGUAGGAAAUGUAUCCCUCACACAUAAAAUUUAUGAAUUUAUUUUUUUUUAUUUGAAGUAGAUAUAAAAAUAAUUUCAUCUACCUAAAAUAUAUUUACGUAUAUAGUCUCAUAGUUUGCUGAAAUAAAAAAAUAUCAUCCA